AUGUCACCAGAGGCAUAUGAUAUCUUCGAAGAUGUUGUUGAGACAAGAAAUCCUAUGUUUUGCACACAGGUACCUAGUACCUAUGAUGCAGUCUCCAAUUUGCCUACAAUUUCAGAACUGCAAUGCUCCUUGGAAGACACACACAUAGAGGCAGCUGCUGCUGAGAAUGAAGUUGAACCAGUGGCAACUAUUGGUGUCACAGAAGCUACAAAGGCUGAUGUUGGUGAUGUUGACUUGCAGUUCCUAGCGGUGAUUUCUUCACCCGACAAGUCAUAUGUUGGAAAGAUGUUUGAUACAAUCGAAGAGGCUAGGCUUUGCUACAAUGAAUAUGCUAGAAGGAAAGGCUUCUCUAUAAGAACCGGAAUGUCUAGGAGGUCAGCCAUUAUAAAGGAACUUAACAAGAUCUUAUUUGCGUGCAACAAGGAAGGCAAAGGUAAAAAGAUCAAGGGUGUUGAUGAAGAGAUCACCGAAGUUGAUGAUGUUGAGCUUGGUACCUCUCAAAGUAGUGGUUCUGAUUUGGAUGAACCAAAAGGGAAAAAGGCAAAGUGCAUAGGCAUCAAGAGGAAAAGAGAGAAGAUGAAGUACUAUUAG